AGGGGGACACGUGGGAGGGAAGGAGGGUGCAUCCAUCUAUCGUCGUCGUCAAACUCUAACCCAAACCCUAUCUAGCUUCGCUUUUGCCCCUUCUCAUUCACUCUGCCCCAAUUCCAAAAUUCCCAACCCUAACCCUAAAACCGAAUCUUCUGAUGAAACUCGACACGCCAUACUCCACGGUUUCAGAAUCAGGUUCGAUUCCCUAACCCCUUAACAAACCCCUUUCAUCUCUUCGCAGUUUCUCCAUGGAGGGCUCUGCAGAGGAUCUCGGAGCCCCCGAGUCAUGGGAGGUUGCGGAUUUGGACGAGUCCAUGAACCGCUUGAACCUCAUGCUCUCUUCCAGCAAGGAUUCCAACCAUCCUCAUCAACGUCUCUCCGACGAUGAAGUUCCGCCGCCGCCACCGCCUCCUCCGCUCCCUUCAGCCAGUGGCGACAAGGUUUCCGAUGACGUCGUCAAUCAAGUCGAUCAGUUCCUUCGGGAAGCCAUUCAGAACCCUCGCGAACGACUCUCAAUCUUGAGGAUGGAGCAAGAUGUUGAAAACUUUAUACGUGAUCCAACUCAACAACAGCUUGAAUUUAAGCAGCUUCCAACAUCCUAUUUGAGGCUUGCUGCACAUCGGGUGGCUCAGCACUACUCAUUACAGUCGAUGGUUUUGCUAGAUAAUAGUUUACCAGAUGGUUCUGGCUCAAGAAUUAUUGUUCGCAAAACCUCUGAAUGUAGGCUUCCAGUUAUUCGCCUUGCUGACAUCCCAGUGAAAUUAUCAUCAGAAAACAGUGCUGUCAUGAAGGUUGCAAUCAAACAGAGGCCACAGAAGGGAACACAGAUACUUAGUAAUGCAAAUUCAAACUCAAUGAAGAAUAGUAACUCUAAAAGUGUGGAAGAGAGAAAAGAAGAAUAUAACCGGGCCCGCGCUAGGAUUUUUAGUUCAAGCAAUAAUGGUGGAACUCUAGCUGGGAAGCCAGAGUGUGAGUCAAGACAGCAGGAUAACUCAUUGCAUGUUUCGUUGGGGGUUCCUCGGGUUGAAGACAAAUCAGCUUCGGUAUCUGAUGUCACUUCUGGUAGGGGGCUGGUUGAGUCUUCAACUAAUACCAAUAGGGCUAGAAGUAGGACAGAGAAGGAGCCAGUUGGUAGGUAUAGGCAAAAUAAUAGGGUGGCUAUAUUUCGGGACCGUGAGGUUGAUCGCAAAGAUCCUGAUUAUGACAGGAGCUAUGAUAGCAGGUACAUGCAAAGAUUUGAUCCUGGUUUUGGGUUCAAUGGAGGAUCAUAUGCUAUACAGCCAAUGUAUACGGCAGUAUUGAAUUACAACACUGAGUUUCCACAACUUGGAUCCUCUCACAGACCCCAGCUUUCUGCUGAACACCAACCACGACCUCUUCCACAGCAUAUACCCGGGCCAUGGGCUGCACAAUCAGCACCUGCUGGACUUGGAUAUGGACAUCCUGAGACCAUGAUGCCCCCAUUUAAUCCUAAUCAAGUUGGUGCACACUCAUCAUCAACCAUGUAUCUGCAUUCAUCUCAGUAUCCCUGUCAGCGCCCUGGAAUGCCGUUUAUCCAUCACGAACAUGUUCACCAACCCUUUGCACAGUCUCAUCAGCCCCCACCUGAUGCAAGUUUUGGAUUGGCCCGGCCCCGGUGAGGGGCAUGGGCCAUGCCUGCACCCAGUCAGCCAGGGUACAAGAUGUAAGAUCUUGGGCUGCUGAAGCUCCAAUUUUCUUUUAGCUGAUUGGAGUGCAGGCAUAUAGGCUGAGUUUGGUUGGAAUGAAUUUGCAUAUUUCCGAAAGAUCAUCCUACCAGCAUUGAUCUAUCCUUCCAAUCUCGGCUUUACAGGGAUGCUUCCUGCAUCUUCCACCAGUCCGUGAAUGUGUCUCUUGUAGACAAUUGAAUUUCUUGAGGAGCUUUUAGAGCGUCUACUGUUGAUCAUGAGGACUUCUUCACAGGAAACGGAGCCAAAAAAGUUUGUUCUUGACUUGGAUGAAGCUCCCUCAACAAGCUUUAGGGGUUUCAGUUAAAGAGUAGUACGUCAUUUGCCUUGAGGUUGCAGCAACUUUUGAUGCUGAGAUUUAACUGAAUUUUCCAAGCUUUAGUCAUGAGUCGCUAUAAUUUACAAUAUCGUCUGGUGAAUUAUCCUUGACCUCAUGUAUAAUACAUGACUAACUAUAGAUUUGAGUUUGUAUAUUUCACUCAGUUCUAACAUUUCUUUUUCUGGAUUUCCUUAUUAUCUUACAUAUAUUAUCAAUUUUUUAGAGUAUCGCCUAUUUCCUA